CCAUGGGAAAGACGAGACCAAUUCUCCGCUCAAGCAUUGGUUCCGCCAUCCAUCAAAUGAAUCAUGAGAAACGUCUUCGAUAUUCUGUACGCUUGUGUUCGAUUUGGCCAUUUCUAGGCUCCGCCGCACAAACCCCCAGUCAUAUCACUUUCCCAACCAUUGUCCGCCUUCCUCUCCGCCUUCCUUUCCGCCUCCUUUACUUCUUUUACUCCAACCCCGGACCACGAUUGAUAUAUAUAUAUCAGCCGAUUCUUUUCAUUGGAGGGAAUUUUUGUUUUCUCAUUGAUGAAAAGUCCAAGACAGUAGGUCAGAUACGCUUCAUCGCCAUGUCCUCAGAUCAGCCCUUCGAGCAUACCUCAGAGUCGGGCCCACAGUCGCCAACGAGUGCUCAGGUGGGCGCCUCUUCACAAAGGCCUGUGAGUGCCUAUACCACGACCUCUAAUCAAAUGAGCACGAGGCCUGUGAGUACAAACACCACGUCAACGUCCGAGCUCAUCUCCAUGUUUCCCGAUGUCCCGUUGGACGACCUCCCACCAGUGCCGCCACUACCAUCUUUGCCGAUUACACCCACAACACCGACAAGUCCAAGGAGUCCGGCGACCGCAACAAUAUCAACAAUAUCUCGUCGACGCGAAGUCAAAUCUCUUCCCCCACCAGCAUUGCCGCCUUCGCCAUCUUCACCAUUGGCUCCAAUCCCAACGGUUCCACCCAGAUCUCCUCGACGCCGGGUCAUAUCUAUGCCACCGCCCCCUUCAGUCAUCGCGCCAGCUUUAUCGCGUCGUCGUCAAAUCAACUCUCUGCCGCUCCCACCGACCAACUCACCGCCAUGUUUGCUACCCUCCCCACCCCCUAUCCCGACCCGCUCCCCACGCCCCAAGAGCGCUCCAGAACCCCUACCUCCAUUCUCCUUACCCGCUCAUUUGCGGCCUUCAUCGCUCACUGACCCCCGUUCUUUUGUUGGACAUUCGUCACUGUUGCCCUACGACGAGAAAGAUGCCCACGCAUCUGCAUCCACACCUUCUACGAAGAGAUCCAGCGAAUCGACGAAUCCGAACCCGAAUACGACCACUCCCACGGCCCCAGAAUCGUUCGUGGACAAUGGCACUACAAGCGGAGCUCCCAACGUAGCCAACACCAUGGGUAUCGCAGCGUCUCCCAAUCAACUCAGUGCUAGCAAUACCGCUGCUACUCAUACUAGUGAUGCUUCAACUCAAACUCGCAACAACACUCCCAGGAUACGAACGUCGGUAUUGUCGCCUUUCCCAUCUACCGUCCUGCAAGUUCAACCCCACUCCCAACCACAGCCUCAUGCAACAUCCACAUUCUCCCCGGCUUCUUCCACGCACACCCGCGAUCCGAGCCCUCAUCGCGCCGCUCAGUCAAAGCGUCGCCACCGUCGCCGGGCCGUAGUCACUUCGGUGCGAGAUGUUUUGGUCAAUUCAUUUUGCGGGUUGAUGUCGCCUCUCGGCAAGCUCAAGCGGCGGAAGAAGAAGAAGAAAGGCAAAAAGAAAGCGGCAGACGCGGAUGCGGAGGUUCAGGUGCUGAAAGGGGAAGAGGACAGAUAUGAGGGAAUGGAAGACACGUCGCGUGGAGAUGAUAGACAUCGUGAUAAAGACGACGACACAGACGAGAGGAGAGGGUAUGGAAAUGGCAACGUUUUAGGCGCUGGUCUGUGGAUUUCACGAAGCAGAGGCGGUGACGGCAAUGCCGGAGGCGGGCCUAGAGAACCACGUCAAAAUGAUAGAGACGGAAUAGAGGGUCUGCAUAAAAAUAGGUCAAAGCCUGAAGGCGGAGGCAAUACAAACAUGAGCGGCAACACAGCAACUGAACCCACCACCACGGCGGACCAAGACGAGCAAGACCAAACAGAAACAUCAAGACAACCCACUAUCGCACAUAUUCGCGCCCUCCGCAAUCACCAACUCGCCACACUCAACGUUGCCUUUAUGUUACAACAGCAGCAGCGGCAUCCAAUCCGACGAUCCUACAUUCCCAUCCCUCAAAGCAGAAUUCCUCCUCGCAUACACCCCACAACGACAACCACUGCAAACAGCCAAUCCGCAUAUGCCCCCUUUUCUGCACAUACAACGCCACCUCCUUCCCCCUCAGCAUCUUCAACCCAAACAACAGUAGCCUCGUCCAUCCUCUUCCUGUCGCCUUCCUCCCCCCCAACUCCAUAUCCACCGUCACGCUGCCGUUCCCCCGCUUCUUCAUCUGCAUUGAGCACAAUGGGAAACAAGUUCAGAAGCGCGAUCCCGACAUGUACGUUCCAGUACCCGGGGCGCAGAGGGGUUGGGGAGUACGGGGAUUGGAGUGGAAGCGGGAGCGACUUCCGGACCGAGGACGGGGAUGAAGAGGAGAGGAGGCCGCGAUAUAUGCUUCCUACUGUCUGCAGUGUGGCGAAGGCGAAGAGCGUAGUUGUUACCAGGGUUAAUAGCGGGAGGGUUGCCAGAGUUGCCCAGGUCGCCCAGGUCGAGGGGUCAAGUUUUGUCUAG